AUGUGCGACGGAAAGGUGGUGAUCAAAAAUGCAGAUAUGUCGGAAGAGAUACAACAGGACUCGGUGGAGCGAGCUACUCAGGCGUUGGAGAAAUACAACAUAGAGAAGGAUGUUGCUUCCCAUAUCAAGGAGUUUGACAAGAAGUACAACCCCACCUGGCACUGCAUUGUGGGCCGGAGCUUCGGUAGUUGUAUGACACACGAAACCAAACACUUCAUCUACUUCUACCUGGUCACUCUUCUGUUCAAAUCUGGUUAAAAGCAUGGACUGUGAGGCAGGCGGAUUUCUGAGUUCGAGGCCAGCCUGGUCUACAGAGUGAGUUCCAGGACAG